CGUAACAAACUAGCACAAGUAGAUUCUCCAAUUGCCACGAGGGGGAAUGAAUGAUAUCAGAGCAACAUCUAAUGUACAAUAUUCUUCUCAUUUGGCUUCCACUGCUUUCAUUGUUCUUUCUGCACUAUCAGUGUCAGCUUGCCAACUAUGUCAAACUCAUUGGAAAACAAACAUGUCGUAGUCAUUGCUUUCCCAUUUGGCAGUCACCCUAUGCCUCUCUUAAACCUUGUCCUCAAACUCGCUCAUGCUGCUCCUAAAUGUUCAUUCUCUUUCAUUAGCACUGAGAAAUCCAAUGCAACCCUUUUCCCAAAACCUUACAUCCCAAAUAACAUCAAGGCCUAUAGCAUAAAUGAUGGAAUCCCAGAGGGCCACGUAUUGGGUGGCCAUCCAGUAGAACAAGUGUGUCUUUUUCUUAAGACUGGUCAUGAGAACUUGCACAAGGGUAUAGAUUUGGCACUUGCAGAGACAAAGCGGAGAGUCACUUGCAUCAUUUCCGAUGCUUUUGUAACCUCUUCUCUCAUUGUGGCUCAGACCCUAAAUGUUCCUUGGGUUCCAGUUUGGUUUCCCAUGUCAUGCUCGCUUUCUCUCUAUUUUUACAUUGACUUGAUACGCGAGCAGUGUGCAAAUAGUGCUGGAAAUAGAAACUUUAAUUUCCUUCCUGGUUUGUCUAAGAUGCGUGCUGAAGAUAUGCCACUGGAUAUACUCUACGUUGGUGAGGAGGAGACAGUAUUUUCAAGGACACUAGUUUCGCUGGGUAGAGUGCUACCUCAAGCUAAGGCAGUAGUUAUCAAUUUCUUUUUGGAAUUAGAACCACCCGAGUUUGUUCAGGACAUGAGGUCCAAGUUACAAUCUAUGCUUUAUGUUGUUCCACUUCCUUCCCCGCUAUUGCCAUCAUCCGACACAGAUACAAAUGGAUGCUUGUCAUGGUUGGACAAGCAGAAGGUUAGAUCAGUGGCAUAUGUUUGCUUUGGGACAGUGGUGACACCACCUCCACAUGAGAUUAAUGCAGUGGCAGAGGCAUUGGAAGAUAGUGGCUUUUCAUUUCUGUGGUCUCUCAAGGAACAUCAAAUGGGUCUUUUGCCAAAUGGAUUUCUUGAGAGGACUAACAUGCGUGGGAAAAUAGUGUCUUGGGCUCCUCAAUCUCAAGUUUUAGCUCAUGAAUCGGUAGGAGUUUUUGUGACUCAUUGUGGGUGUAAUUCUGUGACUGAGAGUAUUUGCAAUGGGGUGCCUAUGAUUUGCAGGCCAUUCUUUGGAGAUCAAGGGACAGCUGCGAGAAUGAUCCAGGAUGUUUGGGAGUUUGGGGUGAUAAUAGAAGGUAGGAAGUUCAACAAAAGUGGAUUGAUUAAAAGCUUGAAUCUGAUCCAGGUGCAGGAAGAGGGGAAGAAAAUUAGAGACAAUGCCCUUAAGGUGAAGAAGACAUUGCAAGAUGCAGCAAGGCCAGAAGGGCAAGCAGCACAGGAUUUCAUGACUUUGGUGGAUGUAAUUUCUGAAUCUUAAGGAUGGGGGAAGUUAGCAAUAGCUAGCCUCAGUAAUUUGAGUUUGUUACAUUCACCCAAUAAAUUAUAAAAUUGAGUAGCUUUCAUAUAUUGUUAUUACUAAAUUAUUAGAAGUUUAAAUAGGCUAGCCGGUCUAUGAUGCGGUUAGUGCCUGACAUGCCUUAGAUUUGGCUUGGUG